AUGACGACGGAAGCCGCACUGGCUUUCCGGCAGAUGGGCCUGUUCCAGUUGGUUAUUGAGGCGGUUCAGAAGGAUGCGAGCGAAUAUCUUUCCGGCGAUGUUCAGCAAGGAGAUGCUGCGGUGAUUGUCGCAGACUUGGCGUUUCCCUUUUCGCUUGUAGAGAUGCACAAUAGAUGCAUCUUUGAAAUCUUGCGGAAAUUCACGUUGACGCCACAUCUCCUAAAAGAGCGCAGUCAGGUGAUCCAUCAGUUGGGGAUCGUCGUGCUUGUAGACCUCAGCAGGGUUCGCGACCGAUCGGGGUGCUUUCCCGCUGGAGAGCUGCUGCACGGCCCUGAUGGUUUCCUGGAGAGAUGGCGGGAGGUCGAGGUUCACGCUGGUCUCCACUUGCGGCAAAUGGUCAAUGGUGGCGUCGGAGAUGGCGGAGGGGCGGUUGAGGACGCCUCGGAAAUGCUCGGCCAAUCGCUGUAG